AUGUAUCAAAGAGAUCGUAAUGCCUCAUUAUUUUUGGGCGGUGAACGUAUUUCUGGCAAUGAAGUUCGCAACCAAAAUGUAAUUGCUGUAAUGUCUAUUGCAAACAUUGUUAAAAGUUCACUUGGACCUGUAGGUUUAGAUAAAAUGUUAGUUGACGAUAUUGGGGAUGUAACUAUAUCAAACGAUGGAGCAACAAUUCUCAAUUUAUUGGAAGUAGAACAUCCAGCAGGAAGAGUAUUGGUUGAAUUGGCACAACAACAAGAUAAAGAGGUUGGUGAUGGUACAACAUCAGUAGUUAUCAUCGCUGCAGAAUUACUUCGUAGAGCCAAUGAACUUGUAAAAAAUAAGAUUCAUCCAACCACGAUAAUUACUGGUUAUCGACUUGCAAGUAAAGAAGCAUGUAAAUAUAUUGUCGAUCAUUUAAUCACAAAAGUUGAUACAUUAGGUCGGGAAUGUUUGAUAAAUGUUGCUAAAACCAGCAUGUCUAUGGGAAAUAGCGACGAUGAAUUUUUUGCAAAUAUCGUUGUUGAUGCAAUUCAAGCAGUAAGGUCUACCAAUUCUCGAGGAGAAACUAAAUAUCCAGUAAAAGCUGUUAAUGUACUUAAAGCUCAUGGUAAAAGUACCCGUGAAUCAAUUUUUGUUAAAGGUUAUGCUUUGAACUGUACAGUUGCAGCACAAGCAAUGAAAAAAAGAAUUACAAAUGCCAAAAUUGCAUGCCUAGAUAUGAAUCUUCAAAAGGCUAGAAUGCAUUUAGGCGUCCAAAUUACUAUUGAUGACCCUGAUAAAUUAGAAGAUAUUCGCAAACGGGAGUCUGAUAUUACAAUUGAACGUAUACAAAAGAUUCUUAAUACAGGAGCUAAUGUUAUUUUUACAACAAAAGGAAUCGAUGAUUUGUGUUUAAAAUUUUUCAUAGAUGCAGGAGCAAUGGCAGUUCGUCGUUGUAAAAAAGAGGAUUUAAGGAGAAUUGCUAAAGCAACAGGAGCUACACUUGUUUCUACACUUGCUAAUCUUGAGGGCGAAGAAACAUUCGAGCCAUCUUAUCUUGGAUUGGCAGAUGAAGUUCUUCAAGAACGUAUUUCUGAUGACGAAUGUAUUCUCAUCAAAGGAACCAAAGCACAAAAUUCUUCAUCAAUCAUUUUACGUGGAGCAAAUGAUUAUAUGUUGGAUGAAAUGGAGAGAGCUUUACAUGAUUCGUUAUCGGUUGUUAAAAGAACCUUAGAGAGCAAUAGUGUCGUUCCUGGUGGUGGUGCAGUAGAAACUGCUUUAAGUAUUUAUUUAGAAAAUUUCGCAACCACAUUGGGUUCACGUGAACAACUUGCAAUAGCAGAAUUUGCAAAUGCACUUCUUGCUAUUCCAAAAACGCUCGCAGUGAAUGCAGCAAAGGAUUCAACCGAUCUGGUUGCAAAAUUACGUGCAUAUCAUAACGCAUCACAAAAUAUUUUAACGCUCGACGAUCCAAAAAAAAACCUUAAAUAUUAUGGAUUAGAUUUGCUUAAAGGUGAACUUAGAGACAAUUUAAGCGCAGGUGUAUUGGAACCUGCAAUGUCAAAAAUCAAGUCACUUAAAUCAGCAACAGAAGCCGCCAUCUCAAUUCUUAGAAUUGAUGAUAUGAUUAAGGUUGAACCAGAGCAAAGAGGUGAAGAUGAUGGACACGGACAUUAA